CCUGUGGAGGGAUGGUUGGCAGUCGCAGAGGUCUCCACCUCAGCAUGGCCCUCUGGGGCCGCUCCUAGGAUGCUGCAGGUAGCCAGUAGGAAGGUUUUAUGAUGGUUAGCAAAGGGCCACGGUUGUUGGACUUCACCAAAACCCCAUCACAUCUUCAGUUUAACAAAUAUGUGCUGACGGGCUACCGUCCGAUGUCCACCGCUCAGGAGUGUCUGCAGAGCCUCUUUUACAUGCACAAUGAACUGGGCAACAUCUACACUCAUGGUAUCCCCUUCUUCCUCUUCCUGGUACUCCUGCCCUUCAGCAUCCCAUGGAGGGAGGUGGACAGUGUCUGGAUCGGUGUGGUCCACUACCUGGCCUGCCUCAGCCCCACCGUGGGUUCUGUGGUCUACCACGUGUUCAUGAACCACGUGGGAGGGGAGCACGUGUACGACACCCUGCUCUCACUGGACAUGUUUGGGGUCUGCUUGGUCAACAGUUUGGGUGCUCUCCCAAUCAUCCACAUCACGCUCCUCUGCUUCCCCACCGUGCAGCAGGUCGCCAUGCUGGCCUACAUCUUCCUGUCAGCCUACAGCAUCUACUGUGCCACAACCGCCCGCACCAACAUCCUGCGCCUGCGGGCCUUCGUGUGGCAGGUCCUAUUCCGCUUCAGCCUCUUCCUGUUCCGGGUCUAUGGCAGUGGGGUGGGCAGCCCCAACUCUCUGCGGCUCUUUGUCAUCAUGGACUCUCUGGCUGUGCUGGGGGGUCUAGUGAACGUGAUCCAGAUACCGGAGCGCUUCAGCCCAGGCCUGUUUGACAACUGGGGAAACAGCCACCAGAUCAUGCAUGUCAUGGUUAUUUGCAGUAUCAUUUACCUGCACUGGGGUACUCUGGAGGAUCUAACCUGGGUUAAGAACUACCAGUGUCCUACUCAGCGAGUCUGAUAGUUUUUAGGAUUAAAUGAAUUAAAUGGAGACAGUUUAUUAAAAUGCACUUUGCCCGGUGGCACGAAGGGACAACUCAGUGUUAAAUCUGCAUCUCAAAUGUGGAAAAUGCUGCUUAAUUUUUUGCCAUUAAAAGUGUGAAAGUUAUUUUAAAUAGCAUAAUAAAUUCUAUAUUUUUACAUCUGAUUCCAGUGGGGCGUUGGCUUAUUUUACGCUUUAAUCCUUAUAAACUUUUAAACUAAUCAAUUAUUUAAAACCUAAUUUCCAUAAAAUGCAUAUUAAUCCCUGAGUUUGAUUGCCAGCAACAUAACUCUUCCCAUAAUUCUAUUUCAGUAGCAAGGCCUCCAUGCAGCAAACUGUAAACGGCAUGACAUCUUGCAGCAUGCCUUGAACGGGGGGGGAAAAGUGCCCUCUCAACAACUAGAAACCCAGUAGUCCAAAUUGAAAUCAUACAAGAAUUGGAUUACUUUGAGAUAAAUGUGAUCAAAAACAUGGGACAUUUUUGGUCAUGAGAAAGAACUGUCACUGUGUAGCUCUGUGAGUUUAGGCUCAUGUAAGGAAUAAAUGACAAUUCUAAAAUGUUUUCCCAACAAAAACCUCAACAGGGGAAUUUCACCAGUAUUACAAUACACAGCCAACAGAGUUUUUCUCUUUUAAUGAGUAAUAUUUCUAUGAUCAAUCUUCAUCUGAGCUGCUGUCUUCUCCCUCUGAAAGGUCGGCAAUUGGGAAGCGCAAGAUGGCCGCCACACCGCUCAGCUGAGUCAGUUCUAAAGAAACAGGUAAAAAAUGUCAUGUUAAAAUAUGACGUGUACAGCUGUGCAUCGCGCUUUGAACAUCGCUCCCUCGCUCUGGCGGUUUAAAUAAAAAUCCCUAUUUAGUGGUUGACUAUGGCCUAUUAGUAAAAAAAUGCAUAUUUAAGUAAAUGUUAUGUAUUCUUGGCCUAAAUUAGGCAUAAAAACCUUUACAAAUACUUGAGUAAAAGUGCUACUUUGCGGAAAUUCAAUUAGCGUUGUUCAAUAUACGUUGUUGGGAUCAGGCGUUCGGGUUUAUAAAAACGUAUAGCUAUGUCUUUGGUGUUGAAUGAGUUCAAUAGACUCAAUAUACUGUAAUUAUUUAAUGUUAUAGUUUCACAUUUCAAUCAAAGGACAAAAAAAUUUUUAAAAAAAUCACAAUUUGUAUUUUCACAUUAUGUUAAUUCACUUGAUUUUGGCACACAAAUACAAAAAGCAAAAUUUUGGAUGCUAGAUGUUUUUAUAUUGUGUAGGUCAAGGGUGCCCAUUAAGACGUUUGCAAGCUACCAGCAGAUCGCCAAGGUAGUUUGGGUCUAUCGCGUAGAUGUCAUUUGACAUCAGUCAGCUGCAUUAAGCUCCUCUCCUGAUUUGCUCUUGCUCCCCGGCGGCGUUUCAAGCUACACACAGAGAUGCAACUUUCAUCUUUAUUAUUCUGAUUACGGAUAAACUAACUUGGCGGUAAGAUGCUUCUAUCUAUAACAAAAGUUAUCUGUUCACUUAGCGGCUAGUUAUGUAGAAAAAAAAAGGGUAUUGUUUGAUGGCUUUGACUGACAUAUUACCAGUACUCAGGUUAUACACACAACUAUUGAGGAAUUAUGUGCAAUUAUGUUUAUUGUCAUAUUGAAUAUAAUUAUGAUAAACUACUCUGAUUACCUGUAAACUUUGAAAAUGUGAAAUACUACUAAUUAAUAUUUACAAUAUUAUUUCAAAGUUUACCGGUUAGAUGUUAUAUGUUUAAUAGAAAGAGGUAGAUCAUUUUGACUUGUAACUUGCAUGCUGAAAAAGUGCGUGCAUCCCUGAUAUACAUGUAUAACCUACAUACAUACAUACUCAUUUUUUUAAAUAAAUAUAGUGUAUAUAUAUUUUUUCAAUAUUUAUAGUAGGAGGUAGAUCUGUGGGACUUGGUCAUUUUCAAAGUAGCUCGCAGGCUGAAAAAGUGUGAGCACCCCUAGUGUAGGUGCACCUAAUGUUGUGACCCGUGAGUGGAUCUCAUGCUAGGAAGUUGGCGUUCAAUUUUGUGCUUUUAUUUUGCAAACAAAUGAUUAAGUACUAUGUGCUUGCUUGUUAUUCUAAAUGACUUACGUUCACCAGAGACGUGAAGGCUGGAGAAUAUUCUGGAUGAAGAAGAAAGAAGCCAACAUUUGUGAACAUCCAUCUUUUUGGAUCAGGAAAAUGGCUCAGAUGUGGCCUUGCUUACCUGACGUUGCCACCGUUGUCUCUUACUUUGUCCACCAAGCGGACGUAGCGAGCCCUCGUAGGGACGUCCUGAUGCCUGCACAAGCAACAGACACGGCAUAUUGUGGACGUCCUAUCACGUAAAGACUUCUACUGCGUGUUACGUACCUGAACAGCUUAUCACUGAUCAUUAAAGUGUCGACAGCGAGGGCAUCUGCAGCCUUCUCAACAUGAACCAGCCUGUAAAAAAGCAGACAAAAGUUCAUUCUUUAUGUCAGUGAAUGCAGGUUAACAUGAAUGUUUGCUGUCUUACCCAUAGAAAGCUCUGUCAGGCUCAUGUUGGAGCAUCUUGUAGAAGUCCUCCAGGGCUUUCACCUCUCCUGCGGCCUUGGUAUCAGACAGUCUGCUUGUUACUGUGGGGUCCGACAGGAUUUCUGAAAAAAAAAACAAAAAACAAAAAAAAACAAAAAGAGGUUAAGCCACAACUGCAGGGAAAAUGUAAAACAUAAAAGCCUGCAUCAAAACACAAUUCAGACAAAAUAUUUAAAUCAAAACAAUAGAAGUCAUAAUUAUCUAUAAGACGAGUACAUAUGAAUGGUGUCUCAAGUCCAUAAAUACCACCCCCCCGCCCAACAGAUUUUUUCCCCUUUUUUUUUCUUUCAGAAUUGAAAAACCCUGGUGUUUUUGUUUUUCUUAAAAGUAUUUUUUUUUCUUUUAUUUUUUGCAUUAUUGGAGGGGGGAAACUUAUUUUUUUUUACAUUUUAUAUUUUGAAUUAUUUUUUAAUUUUCUCCCAAAUUAUUUUUUUCAUAUUACUGUGGGGUUUUUUAUAUUUAGUUUUCUUUUAUCAAAAAAAAAAAACAAACCCUGAUGUUUUUUUUUUUUUUUUACUAGCAAUGGUACACUUGCUUUAAUGUAGCCAACCACAUGACACUAGCUAUUGUCACGUAGUGUAAGGUACUGUCAUAACCAGCCGCCCUACUGUACCUUUGAGUGAGUACUUGUGACCAGAGGAUGCGUGGACCAGCAUGAAUUUGGGUCGGUUCUCCAGUAGCACCUUGUUGUCUUGUCGCACUGCCUCUUUAAAAAGGUACGUCAUGAACUGGUCCUUCACAAAGCCAGGACUGGCCACAAGGAUGCACUUGACCACUGAGAAAUACCGUAAAUGAUAAAGAUGACAAUUUGGCAAUCGUAUGAAACAACUACAAGUGUGACAGUCUCACCAUCAAAAUUAAUGUGACGUAAAAUAGCCUGCAUGACAGCUUCGUAGAACCUCUCCAGAGCCUGCAUGGAGACACAAUUCACUCAAACCUGACAAUCCUACUGGAGUUGCUA